CUGCUCCCCCCCCCCAAGUGGUGGAAUCGACUACAGGGAAGGAUCUGAUCUAUCCGGAGUAGCUAGCUUGCUAGCAGGCUGCGGCUCGCCAUAGCUACGUAGUUGUUUGCUUGAUGUAGGAACGAUGUGGUCCUUUUUCGCUCGGGAUCCAGUCAAAGACUUUAAUUAUGACAUUUUACCGGACACGCAAGACAAGUCCGGAAUAUGGACACUGCAUCGAGGCAAGCGAAAGACGGGUGGGGAACCACUAUCGGUGUUUGUGUACGAGGUAUCAACAGGGACAGAGGAACAGACCCAGCUAGCCAAGGCAGCGUUCAAACGUAUGAAGACCCUCCGACAUCCCAACAUCCUGGCCUAUGUAGAUGGAUUGGAGAGUGUGACAGAGAAGAGCCUGUACCUGGUCACAGAGCAGGUCACCCCCCUGGCAGCCCACCUGAAGGCCCAGUCAGAGAGGGGGGGCUCUGGAGAGCUGGAGGUGUCCUGGGGCCUGCAUCAGACUGUGAAAGCCCUUAGUUUCCUGGUGAAUGACUGCCACCUCCUCCACAACAACCUGGGUAUCUGGGCUGUGUUUGUGGACCGAGCCGGAGAAUGGAAGCUUGGCGGUCUGGACCACAUGACCCCAGAGAACGGGGACGCCUCCACAUCACUACCCUCCGCCAAAGCUGUUCACCCUGAAAUGGAUAAAUACGACGCCCCUGAAUCACCAAACAGUGGAGAGAAAUGGGCUGGGGAUGUGUGGCGGCUGGGCUGUCUGAUCUGGGAAGUGUUCAAUGGUCCACUUCCCCGAGCCUCCUCCCUACGCUCCCUCGGAAAGAUCCCUAAAGCAUUGGUGCCACACUACUGUGAGCUGGUGGGGGCCAAUGCCAGGGCCCGGCCUAACCCAGCCCGCUUCCUGCAAAACUGCAGAGCUCCCGGAGGAUUCCUUAGCAACAGCUUCGUUGAGAGCAACCUUUUCCUAGAGGAGAUCCAGAUCAAAGACCCAGCAGAGAAGCAGCAGUUCUUUCAGGACCUGAGUGAGAACCUGGACUCAUUCCCAGAGGACUUCUGUAAGCACAAGGUGCUGCCACAGCUACUCACUGCCUUUGAGUUUGGCAACGCCGGUGCUGUCGUCCUCACACCUCUGUUUAAGGUGGGGAAGUUCCUGUCUGCGGAGGAGUACCAGCAGAAGAUCAUUCCUGUCAUUGUGAAGAUGUUCUCUUCUACAGACCGGGCCAUGAGGAUACGACUGCUUCAACAGAUGGAGCAGUUUGUUCAGUAUCUAAACGAUGCAGCGGUGAACUCGCAGAUCUUCCCUCAUGUCGUUCACGGUUUCACAGACACAAACCCGGCCAUCAGAGAACAAACUGUCAAGUCCAUGCUGCUGCUGGCCCCCAAGCUGAAUGAGAGUAAUCUGAAUCAGGAGCUGAUGAGGCACUUUGCACGGCUGCAGGCGAGAGACGAGCAGGGACCAAUCCGCUGCAACACCACCGUGUGCCUGGGAAAGAUCGCCCCCUACCUCAACGCUGGGACACGGCAACGAGUGUUGAUCUCGGCGUUCUCUCGGGCCACUAAGGACCCCUUUCCCGCCUCUCGGGCGGCCGGGGUUCUGGGCUUUGCAGCGACCCACAACUACUACAGUGUGACAGAAAGUGCAGCACGGGUACUACCAACACUCUGUACCCUCACUGUUGACCCUGACAAGAACGUUAGAGAUCAGGCAUUUAAAGCAAUAAAGAAUUUCUUGACGAAGCUGGAGACUGUUUCUGAAGAUCCAACCAAGCUGGCUGAAAUAGAAAAGGAUGUGAUGUCAUCAGCCCAGCCGGCUGGGGCAGCGGCCAGUUGGGCAGGCUGGGCAGUGACGGGGGUGUCUUCUCUGACCUCCAAGCUCAUCCGGACCGGCCCGGGGGCAGAGGGGGGCAGCCCGGCUGAGAACACCCCUGUUGGUGGUGGUACUGCAUCUCCUUGCGCUGGGAGCCCUGUGAUAGAUGGAGUACCCGGGGGCUCUGAAGUUAAACCCCCACCGGCCUCCAUGACUCUACCCAUUGCUUCUGGCCUUGCUACCCAAUCAGACUCUCCUAAGGUAUCCGAAAAGAAUGAGGAGCCAAUCGGAGACCGGUGGGAUGACGAGGACUGGGGAAGUUUGGAGGACCCAGAAAAGGUACAGGCAGCAGACCCAGAUGACUGGAACUCUUCUGAUUGGUCAGGAAUGUCUUCUGUCAAAAAGAAGGCCAGUGUAAGAGGAGUGGGUCUAGCAACUUCUGAGGCGGUGAAAAAGCAGAGCUCUGAUUGGAGCAGCUCGGGCUGGGAUGCCGACGACAGCUGGUCCAAUGAGAAGGAGGCUGACGGCCAGGGUCAGAGUUCACCAGGAGAGGAGACGUGGGGCAAUGACUGGGAGGAGGAGGGAACGACUGCUCCGGCUACUAAGAGUGCUGCUCUGCUGGAGGGGGUUCGGUUAGCCAGCGAGUAUGACUGGGACAGUAAGGGAGCCACGCAGACAGACUUCCUUGCCAACGUGUCUCAGAGAGCAAUGCCCACCCCCAUUGCUACGGCUGGUGAUGGCUGGAGUGCAGAGCCUGCUGGAGACUGGGGAGCCGAGGAGAGCUGGGAGUCUGUGGACGGAAGUCAAGCAGGCCUAAGCAAGGCAGAGCUGGCCAAGAAGAAACGUGAGGAGAGGAGGAAAGAACUGGAGGCCAAACGGGCAGAACGCAAGGCAGUGAAGGGUCCUCUCAAACUAGGUGCUCGGAAACUGGACUGAUUGGAAGGAAGAGGAGGGUUGGCGGAAGACAGGAAGCAAAGCAGACAGAGUGCUAUGAUGACUUUCCCCUGACUCCCACAGAGAGGGUGGAAUGUAUGGAAGGUUCAACAUUCCAUAAUGAAAAAAAGAUUGAAGAGACACUGAACUUGACUGUACAAGCUGCUCAUUGGCUGAGAGGGGAUCAGAGUGCCAGAAGCUGAGACAUGUCUCAUCCAGACUAUUACGGGGUUUAAACAUUGCAUUCAUAUUACAACGCAAAUAUUGUUUUUAUAUAAAAACAAAGAUGUAAAGAAAUGUACAUAGUUGGUGCAUUUGUCUGAAAAAAGUUUUUUUUUUAUUAUAUUGAUAUAAAAUGUGUAUAUGCUGAAUGUUCACAUAGACGCAUAAAUGGGUUAUGAAUGUUAGAUAUUUCUGCAGUGUGACUGACAGCUUAAGACUGAUAGUCUGCAUGCAUGGGUCUGUAUAUGAGUGACCUACCAGAAGGCAUACGGUACUUCCCUGAAGGGUAAUGCUGGGACACGUUCAGCAGGGCACAAUGUUGUGGAACAGUCUGAUAGAAUAAGGGAUCAUGUCAAGUCUAUUCAUGAUAUUUGUUUGCCAACUGAACGUGUCUCUGUUGAUUAACGGUACCUCACUGUACACAGAUGAAUAAUAUACACCUGGCCUACAUCCCCUCGGAGCCAAUCGGUUAUCAUUAGUGGUGGUGGGUUGACUGACUUGAAGCCUUCAUAUUCAGCAUGGACGGUGUUAUCAUGCAAUUUUAUCUAUAGCUUCCUCCUAUAUAUUUAUGGAGUCACUUCGCUAUUUAAAAUCAAAUCAUGAAGUGAAAGAUAAUUCUGCCCAUCAACUAUCUUGUCAGAUUGGUAGUGCUGGGUGGGUCAAGGGAAAGAGAAGGUUCUGUUUGUGCCUUUUAUUUGAUGGCAGCACGGUUUACUGGGGUCAGAUGAACUGUGCUCUGUGAUGUUUAAAUAUGUUGUGGGUGGCGAGGGAGGGAAGUCCAGUGAAAUCAGAUGCAUUGUUUUAUAGAGAGAGAAUCUUGUGUACUAUGAACAAUUCCCAAAAUAAAACCAUGACAAAAAAGUGU